GCAAGAUUUUGAUCCUCCCACCAAUUAAAUGUCAUCGACAGACUCGCACAUCAAUUUUCUGAUCUCCCGGCACAGGUUUGGUGUAUCAAUAUUUGUCUGUAGUCCGUGUUUGCACAAGGUGUUCCAAGGUUUUUCAUGGUCGACCCAGUAACUCUGCUUUUCCACGCAAAUCCAGUACCGCUUUUCAUAUAGAUCAAAUUUGAGUUUUUCAUCACCGUAAAAAUCAUUGAUUAGGAAGCAUCUGCCUGUUCAGUUUCAUGUCCUUGAAGUUUCUGAUACAGUCACCCUCCUGAACAUCUUGAAGUGUAGUUUAUGAUGUCAGAUGAAUUGACAUCCCUGUGUUUCUUUGUGAAAGUUUUCUCGACAAUUAUACCUCGUAUCGUUGAGUUUGCCAGUAUAUUUUCUUAGCAUUGCUGUCUUCAAGAAGGUGAAAAAUGAUUUGUUCCCAUGUGACUAAGUGAAUGAGAUAGAAGAACAAAGCUCAAACUACUCCCCACAUUUGACCAGUGCACGAUUGUGAGGGUGAAAGGAAGCCUGGGUCUAAUUAUCUGGUGAUAAAACAAAGUUUACUGUUGACACAAGUGAGUGGAACACCUGUUCUGCUGGCUGAAAAUUGUCAUUGACUUGCCUCUUCCUCUCUCCACUGGAAAACAUGUUGGAUUUCGCGGCACCUUUCGUAAUAAUGUGGCGAUGCUUCGAGUAUUGCUGCCCGUGUUUUGCCUCAAAACCUUACGAUGAGCAAAAUGUGAAGUCAGGCCUUUUACCAAACAUCACCGCUGCCUCACAUGAUUCAGAUCUGUACACAGUUCACAAAAUUUCAAGUUUUGGAAGAGACACAUCUCAAGAUGCCCAUUCAGCCACAAGCUCAGUAUGCGAUGAAACAGAGUUGCAGUCAGCGCAGAUUGCUUCUUUAGGCAUCAGCAAACUUAAAUCAGGUGGCGGAGAAGGGGACACGGACGGCGAUACCCCUCCAGCCAAACAGAAAGGAAAGUGGGGCAAGGCUGUCACCAAACUCCAUGGACGGGUCAAUCGUAAACCGAAUAAGAAUCAACCUGCUUCCUUGGCCAACAUUAGUAUGAUGAUGGUCCCGCCCAUGAUAGCUUCCACACCAGACCUUGCAAUAACUUGCGAAAAAGAUGACCUGAACUCUCCAAAUGGACAGCCAAAUCCUCCAAACUGUGUUGAUGACCUAGGCUUACUGCUUUCCCCUGUAACGACAGCAUGGUUCCGGUCUCAAAGCUUUCAGAGCGUUUGCAACCCUUCAGAAGAAAACGCUGAAUCUGAUGACAACGUCGAUAAAGAAAAGAGUCAAAUAGCCAAGCAAUACGGGCUGGACGCAUCCUUGUAUAACUGCUCUCAAUUGUCCAAGUCCAGUGAAGCUAUCAAUCGAGCAUGGAAGUCUAUGGGUGAUAUUCCAACGCACGAGCGGUUCAUCGAGUUAGCAUAUGGAACAGUGUGCUUCACAGCCCAGUUUAGAGACAAGAAAUUUGUCAUUCAUAUCAUUAAAUUAGUGGGUCUAGCGCCGAAAGGAAAAGCUCUCCUGGAGUAUCCAACUGUUAUUAAAUUAACAAUUCUUCCUCUAGAAAAACAGGCAAAGCAGAGUAAAACACUUCCUGCAAGCUCUAAUCCUGAAGUGAACCAAGAUUUCAGCUUUCACGCCCGGGACAUCAGCAACAAAAUUUUGAGGAUAUCAGUGUUCGAUGUGGAGAGGCAAGGAAAGUACAGUGCAGUAGGCCAUGCUUUAUUCUACUUAGAGGAUGUCAAGUCUGUGAAGAAAAUUCAAUCCUACGAGAUGAAACUUUUUCGACAAUCUCUUCCGAACGUCAUUCCUGGAUGUCUAUUUGUAAGCUUGGAGUACAGCAGCAGCUCCAAAUCAUUGAACGUCUUCGUAGAGCAAGCAAGCAAACUGGAAGCAACUUUGGCCGCUGGGAAGUGCCGUCUGUAUGUCAAACUGUUAUUUUUGCAAGGAAACAAGAGAAUGAAGGAGUUGGAGUCACCUCCUGUACUGAUGCAAAACUUGGAAGCCAAACUAAAUUAUACGGACUCGAUUAAAAUUGAUGAAAAUCACAUCAAAGAUAGCUCUUUAGUAAUCGCUCUCAAGUACAAAGGAAUGUUCCACGACAAAAAUGUUGGGAGAGUUAUUUUUGGCCCUUACUUUUACUCAGAAUUCGGCCACAAGUUGACGCCUUGGGGCAGGCUUUUUCUUAAAAAUGAACAAAUUAAAUAUUCUUUUCGUAUGUAUCUAUAAUAAAGUUAUUUAUCAAAUAUAUAUUUUAAAUUUUUUAAAAA